GCCCCUUAGGAACCCGUCCGGGGGCGUGUCCUCUAAACGGAAAUGGUGGGCGGUGUCCUGGAACCUCAAGCAAGCCAAUCACGUGAGGCCACUUCCACUUCCAUUUAUCGAGCAAACACAAACUUGUCACUAGUGCCACCGACAUGCGAAGUCCGCGACACUAGCCCUACCUUUCACUCUUAUCUGACCCUUCACUGCGGGGGUCGUGGAAGAAGAAGAGCCACCCCGGUCUGGACCCUCUUUUCUUUUAAUCACCGUAGAAGUGUGUUCUGUCCCGUUGGCGCCAUGCCCAACAUCGUGCUUUUUAGCGGGAGCUCUCACCACGACCUGUCGCAGAAGGUGGCCGACAGGCUGGGGCUGGAGCUGGGCAAAGUCAUCACCAAGAAGUUCAGCAACCAGGAGACGUGUGUUGAAAUCGGGGAGAGCGUGCGUGGCGAGGACGUGUACAUCAUCCAGAGCGGCUGCGGGGAGAUCAACGACAACCUGAUGGAGCUGCUCAUCAUGAUCAACGCCUGCAAGAUCGCCUCGUCGUCCCGUGUCACUGCAGUUAUCCCCUGCUUCCCCUAUGCCCGCCAGGACAAGAAGGACAAGAGCCGGGCCCCCAUCUCAGCAAAACUGGUGGCCAACAUGCUGUCGGUUGCCGGGGCUGACCACAUCAUCACCAUGGACCUGCACGCCUCGCAGAUCCAGGGUUUCUUCGAUAUCGCUGUGGACAACCUGUAUGCAGAGCCCGCUGUGCUGCAGUGGAUCAGGGAGAAUAUUCCGGAGUGGAAGAACUGCAUCAUCGUGUCCCCAGAUGCCGGCGGAGCCAAACGGGUGACGUCCAUAGCGGACCGCCUCAACGUGGAGUUCGCCCUCAUCCACAAGGAGCGCAAGAAGGCCAAUGAGGUGGACCGCAUGGUGCUGGUGGGCGACGUCAAGGACCGCGUGGCCAUCCUGGUGGACGACAUGGCUGACACCUGCGGCACCAUCUGCCAUGCUGCCGACAAGUUGAUUGACGCCGGCGCCACCAAAGUCUACGCAAUCCUGACGCACGGCAUCUUCUCGGGGCCAGCCAUCUCGCGCAUCAACAACGCCCCCUUUGAGGCGGUGGUGGUCACCAACACCAUCCCUCAGGAGGAGAAGAUGAAGUCCUGUGAGAAGAUCCAGGUGAUUGACAUCUCCAUGAUCCUGGCGGAGGCCAUCAGGAGGACUCACAACGGAGAGUCUGUCUCCUACCUCUUCAGCCACGUGCCUUUGUAGGAGGGGGGGUGAGGCUGUGAUCAGGGGGUGGUCUCCAUG